UGCGUGGCUGCGGGGGUGAAACUACAGACUUGCUUUGUGGGGAUAGCCUGGAAUGAUAGGUGCUGUUUGGUGCCCCCGCUCUCUGCUGAAAUGCCAGGUCAAGUGGUGUGUCUGGCCCUGUGUGCAGCUCUGUGGGGGUGGCAAGCAGCGGCAGGCAGCCUCCCACCCCCAUGUGACAGCCACAUCUACUGCACUGGGGAGCUGCUCCGGCAGGUCCAGCAGGCCAGGCUCUUUCAAGAUGACAAACACUUUGUGGACAUGCCACUGAAGUCAAAUCCAGAUGUGGUUCUAAAGCAAUUUUGGGAGCUGGUGAAUGCCACGCCCGGUGGGGUGUUAUCCAAGCCGCAGCUGGCAAGGUUCGUGGAGGCUCACUUCCUUCCCCCAGGGCAGGAGUUGGAAAGCUGGACACCUCCAGACUGGACGGACAGGUACAGUUCCAAUUGGAAGAGCAUCCCCCUGCUCAAGAAGAUUUCAGAUGAGAAGCUACAGUCCUGGGCCCGGGCCCUGAAUGCCAAGUGGAAGCAGCUGGGCAGGCGGAUGAAUCCUGACAUUAAAGUGGCUCCUUGGCGUUACUCCGCGAUCUACGUGCCAAACCCACUGGUGGUGCCUGGGGGGCGGUUCCGUGAAUAUUACUACUGGGACUCCUUCUGGGUUGUUGCAGGACUCCUCCUCUCCAACAUGGCCGCCACAGCCCAGGGCCUGAUCCAGAACUUCCUCCACCUCGUCAGCAACAGAUUUGGGCACGUGCCGAACGGAGGCCGAGUGUACUACGAGCGUCGGAGUCAGCCACCACUCCUCACCCUGAUGAUGGAGAGUUACCUGAGCCACACAAACAACACCGAGUUUCUGCGGGAAAACAUCCAUCUGCUCGAGGCUGAGUAUUGCUUCUGGCAAGUCCAACGGGUUGUCAACAUCUCCUCUGGGGGCAAGCAAUACUCCCUGAACCACUACAAUGUCCAGGUGGGGGAACCCAGACCAGAGUCCUACAUGAAGGAUGUGGAGCUGGCAAUGGGCUUAGAUGAAGAAGCCCGGCAGGGGCUUUGGGCAGAGCUGAAGAGUGCUGCUGAGUCUGGGUGGGAUUUCUCCUCCCGCUGGUUCUUGCCGGGCCCCCCACCGCUGCAGGCCACGCUCCAAGACACCAGAGUUAGCGCGAUUGUGCCGGUGGACUUAAACGCCAUUCUUUGCAAAGUUGAGCAGCUGUUGGCCACCUUCUACCGAGUCCUCGGGAACAGUGAGAGAGCUGGCCGGUUCCAGGCUGCGUGGAAGCAGCGGGUGGCUGCCCUCACCGCUGUUCUGUGGAAUGAUGAUGCAGGCGUCUGGCUGGACUAUAACCUCCUCCGCCAGAGACACAACCGGGCAUUCUACCCCUCCAACUUGAGCCCUUUGUGGGCUGAGUGUGGUGCGGACCCGCCCAGGGUGGAGAGGGCGCUUCGCUACCUGGAGGAGAGUUCAGCCCUGUCCUAUGCCAAUGGACUGCCCACCUCCCUGGCACGGACGGGGCAACAGUGGGACCUUCCAAAUGCUUGGGCCCCACUCCAGCACAUGGUGAUUGCAGGCCUGGCCAAGUCCCCUUCCCCCCAUGCGCAGGAGCUGGCCUUCAGCUUGGCUCAGCGCUGGCUGCAGAUGAACCUGGCUGUCUACGAGAAGCACCAAGGCAUGUUUGAGAAGUAUGAUGUUGAAGGUGACGGGAGGCCAGGUUCUGGUGGGGAGUAUCCAGUGCAGGAAGGCUUUGGUUGGACUAACGGCGUGGUCCUGCAGCUGCUGGAUCUGUAUGGUGAGCGGCUUGCUGCCGCCAGCUCCUCCCCGUCUCCCAGCCCUGGAAGGGGGGCCACCGUAUCCUAGUUGUGCUCUCGCAGCCUCCUAGGGGACUCGGGGAGGGGCUUGUCCACCAGGAAGGGUAGCUGUACCCUUGGUUCAACUCUUGAGACCCUUGGCUGUGGGAGAGGCUCAGCUCAGCGGAAUGCCUGCGGUGUGCAUGCCCUGUGCCCCCCUCGCAUCAAGCCGGCAGGAGAAGUCCCAGCAGUGCAACCGUUCCCUUCUCAGCUGUCCUUGGCAGGGUGGCCAGACAGCUGCUGGACAUGCGCAGGCAAUAAAGUUCACAGGGUGCUUUGCCAGGA